CAGCUGACGGCCUCUGACAGUUGAGGAAAGUUGGGUUUCUGCAGGUUACUAAUAUGUUAAUUAGCUCUCGCAGGGUGCGACCCGAUUGGCUCUUCGUCCGAGUCAAUUUCCCAUUUGCAGCCUGACGUCAGGGCCGCUCCAAAGCUCUUAAACUCAUCUGCUGUGUGAUCCCUCUAAAAAAUCGCCCCACCAGUCAGCGGCUCCCAACGUGCGCGGCUGCCUCUCGCCCCCUCUCCUCUCGGCCGCACUCUCCCUCUCUCGCUCUCGCCGCUUGCGCAAUGUCUCCCUGAAGAAAAGCGUAAAGUGUUAAAUGUUUGAAACACAAAACCGCCGAGUUUCACAUGCUGCAAAAGGACUCCGCUGCUCGUGCGCGCGGCACCGCUGUGUCCGUGCGUUAGACUCCGCACAGAAAAACUCCUGCACCCGGGGACCAAGAAAAGCUCGUUUUUCACUCUCCAGACAAACGCGUUAAAAUCAAACUGGCUCACGUUGUUCCCAACCAGCCCAGUUUGACAGCUGCUCUUCACCCCGCUUGGAGGACUGUCAGCAGCAGCAGCAGCAAGAGGAUGGCAUCAGAGCUGGCAAUGAGCAACUCCGACCUGCCCACCAGUCCCCUGGCCAUGGAAUAUGUUAAUGACUUCGAUCUGAUGAAGUUUGAAGUGAAAAAGGAGCCGGUGGAGCCCGAUCGCAACAUCAGCCAGUGCAGUCGCCUUAUCGCCGGGGGAUCCUUGUCUUCCACCCCGAUGAGCACGCCUUGCAGCUCGGUGCCCCCGUCCCCAAGCUUCUCGGCGCCCAGUCCGGGCUCGGGGAGCGAGCAGAAGUCACACAUAGAGGAUUUCUACUGGAUGUCCGGUUACCAACAGCAGUUGAAUCCAGAGGCGCUGGGCUUCAGCCCCGAAGACGCAGUCGAGGCGCUGAUCAACAACAGUCACCAGCUCCAGUCGUUCGAUGGCUAUUCCAGGAGCCAGCAGUUCGCUGGCGCAGCCGGGACAGGAGGCUCCAUGGCCGGGGAAGAGAUGGGGUCCGCCGCGGCGGUGGUGUCGGCGGUCAUCGCUGCGGCGGCGGCUCAGAACGGAGGGGCACUACACCACCAUCACCACCACCACCACCACAGUGGCGGCCACCAGGGGCCCGGCGGCCAGAGCAACGGCAUUUCUGGCUCAAAUCACGCACACUUGCGCCCGGAGGACCGGUUCUCGGACGAGCAGCUGGUGACCAUGUCGGUGCGGGAGCUGAACCGGCACCUACGGGGGGUCAGCAAGGAAGAGGUGAUCCGAUUGAAACAGAAGAGGAGGACCCUAAAGAACAGAGGCUACGCGCAGUCCUGCCGCUACAAGCGGGUCCAGCAGCGGCACGUCCUGGAGGGAGAGAAGACGCAACUCAUCCAGCAGGUCGAGCACCUAAAGCAGGAGAUCUCCAGGCUGGUCCGGGAGCGGGACGCGUACAAAGAAAAGUAUGAGAAGCUCAUCAACACCGGCUUCAGAGAAAAUGGAUCCAGCAGCGACCACAACCCUUCAUCCCCGGAGUUUUUCAUGUCAUCGAGAAAAUUCCUCCAUCUGUGAUUUCAGGCCCCGCUCCUCUGUGCCCUUGGCUUCCUGAGAUAACCUAACGGCUGAGCAGUGAUGACAUCGCAGCGGCUGACCAAUCGCAAGAAGGCACCUACAAAGCACAACAUUAGAAAAUGACUUCACGGAAGAACAGAAGACAAGACCCGCUGAAAUCCCUCGAAAUCCCUACUGCGAAAUUCUUGAAAGCCUCUUACUACUCCCGUUUCCCUACUUGAUAUUUUACAUCCAGCUUUUUUCUACAAAACACACAAAACAAAAAAAGAAAAAGAAAAAAGAAAGAGGACUCGUACUGAUGACUUGGUUGACAACGCCAGACAGUGGAGGAACUAUUUUCUCUUGGUGGGAAGAUCACUGAUGCAUGCUUCUGUAAAUAGAUCAUGAUAAAAACCCUAUUCUUAUUCCUAUUAUAGGAAGUAUACCAAGUCGCUCUCACCAACUUCAUAAACCUUCACGACUGUGGAUAGAGUACUCAUGGCUCAUUUUUUUUCCUAUAUGAAGUCAGUAUUCUUCUUACCUCCCCAGAGACCAUGUAAUUAUCAUUUCCCUCAUCAUUUCUCUACUCGUUGGAGUUAGUUGGACUGAAAAAUUGUACUUCCUCUUCGUCUUAUUCUCUUUACAAAACAGCCUAGUCUUCCUCUCCAAUAUCUAAACAAGUACAUGUAAAUAGAGAUGAUUGACGACAACAGCAUGGAACAGAACAUAGUGUAUAUGUACCACUCCCCUCGUAGAUCACAAAUCUCAGUGUGUGGAUAUUUCAGACAACCUUUUUAAAGCGUUUAAAAUAUUGAACUUGUUUUUCUGAUAGUUAAAGACAUACUCCCAGGUAUCUGGACAUUUUCCUGUGUAUAUGAAUAGAUGCAUAGAGGCAGUAGCUAUAGGUAAUGUGGUUACUCGACAAACUGGCAAGAAUAAAAAGGCAGCAAUUCUUCUGGUUUCAUCACUGAACGGUCAAAGUGAAGAGGAAAAGCAGGCUGUUCACCCUGAGCCAUAUGUCCACCUUGGCCUUUCUUAAUGUUUUUUUAACAUUUAAAAAUGUUUAGUAUUGUAAUUUAUCUCUCUUAGAAGCUAUCUACUUAUUUUUCUGAUUGCAAUAACUCCCUUCCCCAUCCACACACAGUAUUUGGGUUGGAGCUGCUGUAACCGUCAGCCUGAGAGGAAACGCUUUUUUCUUUGCAUGGUUCGAAACGGUGCUCUAACAAGGAGCCUGCACAGCGAAGAAAAGGAACUCAUCACUGAUUGCAAUGGAGACACGAGGACUCCGACCUCCGUCUCCUAUGGAUUCUCAAGAAGACACAAAUGGACAGACAGAUAAUAUGCCAAGCCAAUGAACAGAGAACCUCAAAAGGUUACCACCCUCACUAGUGAAGACAGAGCAAACCUUUGCAUGGACGACAGGGGAAAUGCCAGCUCGUUGAACACCUCAGCUCCAUCACCGUGCAUCCUCUACCUCUCAGUGUGUGUUGUGCAACAAGAAACCAUGACUUUUUUCAGUGUCCCCGCCACUGUUCUCACAGCAGUGGGGACACACAGGGGGGGGAGGGGGUCCAUCAGUGCGGCAAUGGGGAAGAAAAAACAUUACACUUUGACUCAAACACAAACACACACACAGACACAUACGAGUGCAUGCAUACAGAUGCACAAUCAUACACAGCGCAGCUCGAAUAUAUUGCUGUAUAUAUGUACAGUGUAUCCACUAUGUAUAGCCCCAGAUGCUGUACUUUGCAUGUUGACAUGUUUAUGGAACGUGACCAUUAUUCAUAGAAGAGAUUGAGCAGGGAGGCCGAGUCAGUGGGUUGACUCUCUGAACCAAUGCAAGCUCUUUGUCAGCUUUACGUCCCCUCCCUUUGCUUUCGGAAAAAUGUACGCUAACAUGACUGAAAUCGUUUGAGCGCUCCCGAUCCUCUUGUGCAAGGUCCUCUACAGCCAAACGGUGAUGCUGAUGGGUUUUAAACCCUUUAGAAGGGACACAUAACCUGCCUCUGAUGACAGACAGAGCCCAGCCACAGUGAGCGUGGGUAGGAGAAGAGAAGAUGGAAGGCAAACUGGGGCGCUCCAAUUAAGUGGCAGCACACAAAGUGGCAUGGGGCAUCCUGCCAGCAACUGUCUAUUCAUCCUAUGUCAAAGGGAUUUGCACAUCUCAAUGAGUCUACGCGCUGCCAGAGAAGUCCCAGAGCAGAGCAGAGGAGAGCAGGGAAAUGAAAGCGAGGCUCAAGGGAGAGGAUCGAAGAGGAAUUCGUGUGGAUUUCUACCAAAAAUGUUAGAUUGUACUGGACUCAUGUUCAAGUAUUCUCCUGCUCUGUCUACAUAUAGAAUCUUCUUUUCUUGGAGAGUUCAAUAACCCCUCGACCUCAGACGGUUACACCAUCAUGCGGCUCUCUAGACUGUCAGGACCUCACGUGCUGUCGGAGGUGAACAUUGAGUUAAUGAGCCUGGCUCUCGGCUCAACCAGAUGUUCAGCCUUGUGGUUAAAUACCUGUUACCCUUCUCUGGCGCCUGCCAACUACAGCUGAACUCUUCCUGGACACAGCAUCAUGAACAGCUUCACCAAGUAACAAAUGAUGAUGUGGGAGCAACUUACAAGUGUGUAAAACAAGUUUCUUUUUGACUUAGAUUAUUAAAAUGCAUUGCAAUCUACCAGCAGACACAAAUUACCAAGGAAAACAGUCACUGUAUCAGAAGACAUGUGGACACAUACUCCGCAUUCCACUUCCUGCAGCCGAUUUACAUGAAAAAAAUCUCCUUAAAUCAUAUACUGUCAGAUCACAUUCAAUCAUAAGAGCGUAUUUACAGUCAACAUGUAAACAAACUUCAAAUCAAGACUUAUGACUUAGAGGUGAUUAGUUAAAGCAGAUUUAAAAUACAGGAAGGAUGAAGAUGUCACCCAAACAUGAGAAAAUCGUAUGUGGUAGAAAACAAGACACUGAGCAAGAGCUGAUCUUCUCUGAGCCUCGAGGCUUUUCACUUUCUCAGAAAUUAAACAAAGCCCCAUUUCUGUGCAGCUGCAGGCUAUUUGUGACAGGUCGGUUUGUUUUGAUAUGGUUUUGCAUGUAAGUGCUCUGGUGCUUUGCCCUGGUAGUCAGGCAGCCAGUGCACUUUUAUCUGGCAAUGACCCUGACCAAUGUAAGGACACAUAUGUAAACAUGCACAGAUGUUCAUAACCAAAAUGUGUGAAAGUGGAUCCAAACGCAUAGAGGCACAUCCCUGCUCUUAUUUAACACACACACACACACACACACCAUGCUAAUCUAAACAGCAAGGCUGUAUGUAAACAGAUUGUCGACAUAAUGGGAUUGUUCAGUGUGCAAACAAUAAGCUGUUAGCGUAAUCACAGGUCAAAGAUAUAUUACCCAGAGGGCCACGCUGUAGGUAUAUUAACAUGAUGGAUAUGUGGGAGAGAGGAGGGGGCAGGGGAUAUGAAGGAUAUAGAGCUCUACCGAUUCAGAUUUACCCCCUAUCGGGCCCCCGUCCGCUGCGAUUCUCUCCUCUGCCUCCCUCGCAUUGGCCCCAUUUAAUCAGCCUUUGUCCUUCCCCCAUUCGCCCACAUCUUACUUACACUCAGUUCCUCCAUUUUUUUUUUAUUAACAUUUCUCACCUCUAAUGCCUCAGUCCUGUCUUUCCUCCAUCCUUAGAUAGAUCUAAUUUAUUUCAGCAAAGCCUGAGCCAGUAAGUUUCUAACGAACAAUAUGAUGAACAGAACAGCUACACAGUUGAUUCAGAUAAUUCUACGUUAUACCUGACCAUGCUGAAAACAAGAGCAAGAGCGUCUAACUGAGUAUCAGCAAACAAGUGCUGUGUCAGUCAGGAUAAACCCUGUGCAGCUUACUCCAUUGCACAUACAGCUUAUUAACUUAUCUCUGCUUUAUUUGAUUACCAUCUAGCCCAAUCGCUCAACUGGCUAAUAAGUCCAUGUCGUUCUGACUAAACACUCCAUUAGUGUCAUCACUGGCAAGCUUGUGUGUGUACUGCGUACGUCUGUGGGCCAGUGGAGCGGAUACACUUUGGGCCCGAGUGACACAGAGUAAACACAGGAGCAGAACACUGGGAAGAAAAACAAAGCUGGCCCGUCUAUUGAUGACGACAAUCAGGAACAACGUCAUUUAAGGCCUCUGUAGGAACAUCCCAUAUGUGAUGGAAUACAGUGGAGCUGCCACUUGGGAGUCAAAUAUUUGGAUAAUCAAUCAAAGACCCUCAAGUGGAGGAUACAGGGUGAUUUUUGUCAGACUGUUUCCAGUAUAUUUCUGAGGACAUUUCAGUUCCCAGAAGUGGCUGCAGAGUGAGCGCUCCUCGUUUUUUCAUUGCACGACAUGAAGUCAUCCUGUCUGCUUUGUGAUCUUUGAUUGUGAGAACCCGGCUUGUGUGGUAUAUUACCUGAACAUAGCUCUCACCCCAAACCUCCCACCGAACACGGUUCAAAAAGCUUGCAGCUUAAAGGAACAAAUUGUUUGUCGAUUGACAAAAUUCUUACUCUGGUUUGGGCCUACAAUACAGUUAUGGAGGCAAACCAAAAAGUUCCACAUGGAUAAACAAAAGUUAGGCAAACGGUUACUACAUUUCAACAUAGGAGGCCCAAGGGUAUUGUAGUAUUCAGAGCAGACCACCAUGUCAGACCGAAUGAAAACACUUAAGGGUAAAAUGUAUGAACUAGUGGCGAGAACAUAAACCUUUGAUUAUGAAAUCGUCCUGUGUCUAUGUGAAGUAAUGUUAAACUUAAAUGUAUUUAAUGGAGAAAAAUAAUUAUGUAACGAGUAGCUCCUCUGACUUAAACACAUACAUUAUCUGCCCCCCCUCUCUCACACACAUGCCGACACACAAACACACUCUGUGUCUCUGUGAAGAGUGGGGUGUCACGAUUAACAGUGACCUCAAGCCAGACAUGGUUGGGGUAGUAGGAGUGGGGCCAAAGGUGAAAGGAUUACAAUGUGUCAACCAUGUCGACUGCUCUGCUGUAAUCCUGACCUCCAGGCCGACCCCAGACUCUGGAAACAUGACUCACACGUCUCAGCUCAACAUGUUAUAAGUACAGCACCAUAUUACUCACAGAGACACUAACUCGUUUGUACAUUUCAACUAAAAGGGGAUUUUUAAAUGCUUAAAAAAAAAAGCCUAUGACGUUGCAUUGGAUUUAGCACCAGAGAUACAUUGGAUGAGGGUUGAUCUAACAGCCAGACAGCAGCAAAGAUAGGGCAGACCUCCUUAUGUCACACAGCUAAUGACAGGGAUGAAUAAUAGAGCCUUUAAAGCCCUUACUCCCACCUCAUUCUGGCCUGCACAUAAGCCAAAGCACUGGGUGAGCAGCGAGCCAUCAAGCCCCUCUCCGAGAUGAGAUGGGCUCCCAAGAAGAUUUGGGGGGGAUGGAGGGAAUCGGCUUAACCCAAAUGCCUCAAUUGGAAUAAAUGCUCUGGGCUGACCAAAGUUUAAUACCAUUGAUAAAUGCUGUAAACCAAAUCUUUAGCAUCUGAUUAGGUAGCGGAGGAUAACGGAUCCUUUUUUUAACCAACAUUAGCUGUGGUAAGAUAGCCCGGAACAUUACGUGAGGGUUUGUACGAGAAUGUACGGAAACACGUACACGCCGAGAUUGUUAUGAGCAGUCGAGGACUUUUACAAAUAGCCAAGUUGCUCUUACAGAAAUAAAUAAAUGGGGGAAUAAUAAAUCGCCAGAAGCUGCGGACAGGUGGCAUUUCAGCCUGCACCAUUUAGCUGUGCAGUCUGGUUCCUGACAGCUUGAUUUAGUCUCCUGCACCUGAGCCAGAAAGGAGAGAAAAUUAACGGCAGGAAAAAACAGCUUAACUAGAUUCCAAUUUACCUGCUUUGAAACAUAAUGAUGAAGCUAUUCUGCAGGAUGGACCUGUUUGGUACCUGUAGCAAGACCAUUGAGAUCAGGCAAAUGUUGUGCAAACCCAUUCACACGGAGAGAGGCAUGGCACAGCCAAUGAGGUAGCACAACUCUGCCAUCUGAGCUGGGUUGUGUUCAAGGGAGACAUUAGGGUUUUGUCUUUAGGGUGUAAAAUAGAGAUUAAAGUGGCUCAAGGGGAGAUGCCAGGAUGUGUGCUGUUCUCCCCGCUGUGAACAGGGUGUAAUCCUUCAGUUUCAGAGAAGGGAAAAGUUUGUGGAGUCCAGAAAGUUACGCAUACAUCCCUUCUGGGCCCCCGACAGAGCAGAGAGUGGGAAACAGCAGGGGAUAUAACCAUAUGUUAUCAAAGUGUUCUUCAAAGCUCCCGUCUUUAGUCCACUAAAUUAUACAGUAUCAUCACAUACUGUAUACCUGACAAAAAUAGAAGAAACAUAAUUAUGCAGCUCAAUGUACAAACACACACAGAAUCAUUUCUUGAAAAGUAUGUUUUAAGAAAAGUGUUACCUUUGAAAAAUGAGGGGAUGUUGUUGUUUUCCUGCAAUUUCUUAACAGUGGCCGUGUCCUGAUGGUGUGGGUCAGCUCAUGAUUUUGUAUUUACAUGCUUUUAAAAUACUGCUGCUGCCGGACAAUUACAAAUUUAUGGUUCCUAUCAAAAUGAGCCCCUUCUGUUUCCAGAGGUUAAUUUGUGCUCGCCCCUCAUUUCAAUUGUACUGUAGUAAAUGUCCACAUUAUUUCCCACAUGGGCCUGGACCAGGGGUUUGAUUAUCCAAAGGUAGGCCACGGUCGGCUCUGUUAUUGUCAGAGGGGUCGUAAGCUGCAGUAACGGCUUCUAGGGUCUUAUUGCUAUGGCGAUCAGCCCCUUGCCACUUGGCCUCCAUGACCCCAGUCAGAGAUAAGCUUUAUAGGAAAGCACAUUAACAUGCUCUGGCAGUCACCUCCCUCCUUUAUCAAAGGCAAUUCUAUGAAAUCAAGUGUUUAUGGAGCCCCAGUGAGGAUAUAGAGCUGCUGAUUGCCUGCAUUAGAGGCUGAGUGUAAAUGAGCUGGAGCUGGACAAUGGACCUGUAGUCAUGGGGAGAGCUGAGGAUGUGAUACUGAUGUUAUUCUCACUAAAUGAGCAAUAUUUUUUAAUGACUGCAACACCCCAAGAGCAGGUUACCAGCCCCGGCGUCACAAAUAUUGUCUGCAGUCUAAAUAUAUCCAUGUCUUCCACUCUUUCUACAAUAACUGACACUACCAUAACAAACGUUUAAUAGGAUCUAGAUAUGACGUAACAUUAUAUCUUGGAGUUAUUAAGUACGUUGCUAUAGACUGCAAGUAACAGAACCUUCCAUUAUUGUCGUGCAGCACCGGUUCUAUUCACAAAAAUUGUCAAAAGGAUGUCUUUUUUAUUUCCUUGCACAUCUGUUACAUUUAUACCUACAUUUCCCUGUGGCUAGGAACACAAAACUACAGAGGUGUCAGUGGUGUGUGCCUGCUUACAGCCUGAUCACUGCUGAAAGAUCCUUUCAGUGCGUCUACAGUGAUGGAUGGUGAUAGCCCUGUGUCUUUGUACACAUCAGGGGGCUCUACUGUUGUCACUGGACAGAUAGAGGGAGCGAGGAAAGAGAAAGAUGUAGCCGCAGCUUAAUGUCCUUCUCUGGUGCUGUGCAUGCUCUUUCCUAUUUGCUUUUCCCUUCACGGCACGGUUAACAUCGUAAAUUAACCUUUUCAAGUCCCCCGUGCUCAGAGACUGGUGCGCAGUAUAGACAAAGGAGAAAAAUAGAUCUGUGUUAUGCAAUGCGGUAGCACCGGUUAGUGAUGUAGCCUGUUCCAGAAUCGAGCUCUUCCUUCUUCUACUUCAGUGAUAGGGAAUAAAAAAAGAAAUAACCACACUUUCCUCAGAGCAAACAUGUUAUUUUACGUGCAUGUCCUGUGUACUCUGCAUAUCAGUGAGAGGCUGCUUUUUGUUCUCCAUCCUAGAAAUGUAAAUGAAACCACAUGAAAGAAAAACAUACUGUAGAUCCCUCUGUUCUUAGUUCAAGUCUGUAAAUAGGAUGUAAAUAACAAACAGCUAUGCAUGCUAAUAUACAAGCAAUUUGUUCAGGUACUUUUGUAAUCCAGACUUCUCAUAUGGCAUGUAAUGAUGAAAAAAGCAAACAUGGAAAAAACAUAAUAAAUUGUGAACACAAAUAUGGUUUGUAAACAACUUCAAAACUGGAAAAUAUAUGUCUUUGCUGUUAAUGUUUUCUUACUGACGACUAAUGCAUUGGCCUGCCAUUUACUACAGUGCUCUGCUCAUGCUACUUUUUUAUGUUUCGUAAGAUAGGGCCGAGGCAAAAAGGACCAUAAAUCCCUGGUUUGUGGAAGAGCCGGGUUGGGGGAAUGAGAAGAUGAGGGGAAGGAUGGCCGUCUGACCAUGUCGUUAUUCCAUUGCCGCUGCACAUUCACAUGCACACACUUAAUUGAUGACAUAUCCUUAAUGUCUAACACAGACAAUAAAAUACCAUGGCAAAAACCGUUAAGCUUAAAAGCAGAAGAACCUGGCCUGCCAUUUGAGUUAUCUCACCAAAAAAGACCAAUCACCAGCUUUAAAGUGUGCUGUUAUUUUAAAAUAGCACAUAUUUCUUUCUGAUAAGCGAAUGCAAAAUCAUUAAAUAAACUACGAAGCUGGAGCAGGCGAUUUUGACUCAUCUGAAAUUCUCCAAAUCACGAGGCAACGGAGAGAUUUUUGAAAACUUUGACAGAUUUUGUUUGCUCGUUUGUAAUAUAUGUCCAGUGAAAAACGAUGACCUAAAUGCCAAAUUUGCCUCUGCCCUAGCAAACUCCAAUGUGACAAUUUAUGAAGACAGAGAUGGAUGAAGUAUGAAGAAAAUCAUUCUGGUUUCUAAGAGUGUUUAUUUUCCACCAUGUUUAGAACCAUGUUAAAUCCCAAGGCGCUCAUGGUAGAUGGAAGUGUCUAAUUUUUAACCUGUGCUAAAGAUAUUUUAAAUUUAAUAAAUAAUUAUUGUAACAAGAAAA